CUGGGCGAGACCAAGGGCGGGGCUAAGAGACGUCAGAGGGCUCCCUGCAAGGUAGGACUCCUCAGCCAUGAAGAGCCCCGGCCGAGAGGCGGAAGAGGAAGAGGAAGAGGAAGGAAAGGGGACUGCCCCGCCUCACCCAGCCGAAACUGUCCAGCUGAAGGUCCCCAUCCUCCAGCAGCUCUACCACUGGGACUGCGGCCUGGCCUGCUCCAGGAUGGUCCUCAAGUACCUGGACCUCCUGGACGACGACGGUUUCCAGAGGGCCAUCCAAGAACUGCGCUUGACCAAGAGCAUCUGGACCAUCGACUUGGCAUAUUUGAUGCGGCAUUUCGGCGUCAAGCACCGGUUUUGCACCCAGACCCUCGGAGUGGACAAAGGCUACAAGAACCAGUCUUUCUAUAGGAAACACUUCGACACGGAGGAGAACCGCGUCAACCAGCUUUUUGCGCAAGCCAAAGCCUGCAAAGUCCUAGUUGAGAAAUGCGCGGUGACCGUCCAGGAUGUCCAGAGGCACCUCUCCCGCGGCCACUUGGCCAUUGUCCUGGUCAACGCCGUCGUCCUCCUCUGCGAGCUGUGUUCGAGUCCUGUCAAGUACUGCUGCUUCCUCCCCAUCGGACAGAAGUGCUUCUGCCGCAGUCCAGACUACCAGGGCCAUUUCAUCGUCCUUUGCGGAUACAACCGCGCCUCAGGGAGCAUCUAUUACAACAACCCUGCGUACGCCGACCGUGAGGACCUGCUGCACCAGCGUCGACAAUUUCGAAGAAGCGAGGACGAGUUACGGCACGGACGAGGAUAUCCUCUUCGUUUACAGCGACAGCUGACAUGUGGGAAAUACACGCUGUCACGACGCUGAAGCCGUCAUUGCUGUCGGUCGCCCGUCCGCUCCCGGAUUCAUCUUGGCGUCAUUCACUUAUCUCAGGACUCUCCACGAUAUUUUAGUGUGGCGAGGGCGCAAAGAACACGGGACGCACGAUUUUUUUGGUGAUUUUUUGGGCAGAACAUUAAUAAUUAUAUAUAUAUAUAUAUAUAUAUAUAAAUUGUGCCGCAGAAGAACUCACUAUAAACUCUACGAAUGAAACAAAAUGGCCGCCUUCCAUAACGGACCUGCGCAAAGUGGCGCGUAAUCGGAAAUGGGAUUGCUGCGUCGGCUCCCGGUUGUCACACCAAACAAAAUGGCUGCUGAAAAACACGAA